CUAAGGGCGAGAAGGAAAUUAUAUUGCAUGGUUUAGGAGCAGCUAUACAAAGAUGUUGUAACUUAGCCCUGCAAUUGGAAUUGUUAUUUUCGGGGACAUGUCAGAUUGAAGUAAACACAGGGACGGUAGAUCUUAUCGAUGAUCUGGAACCACUGACUGAUGAUGUUGACUUUGGUGCUCAAGUCAGACAUUCAUCAUCAGUUCACAUAAGGAUAUUCAGGAAUGCAGUGCUUGGGGCCAAUAAAUAAACAAUAAUGUUUUUCACACUGAACGAGAUUGUGCAGUGGUUAGGGCUCACAGUUUUUGAAAUAUGGAUAAAUUUGAUUACAAUUGCUAUAUUCACUGCACUGCUAGCUCUCAAGAUUGAUGGUAUUGUGAACAGUGCAUGGUGGACAAUAUUUGCCCCAUUAUUUGUAAGUGAUGCUAUGAAUGCAUACUUUUGCUGUAUAGUAUGUAUACGAAUGACUUUAGAAGUCUCAUACAAGGCUUCCCUGUAUAGAGUAUCAUGGAGUUGUAUAUUUUUAGGUCUAACAUUUGUCUUUAAGUUCUUAUUGUGUAGAAAGCUCCAAGGCGACUCUGCAAUUGAAUAUAGUGAAGUUUUUGCACCACUGUUUAUUUUAUUACAACUUAUAGCUGUAAGAGCUUGUCAGUUACAUCAAUAAACAGAUUGUUAUGUU